GGUGAGGGGAAAGCUCCCGCCGCGCCCCGAGUCCCGUCCUCUCCAUCCGCGACCCCCACCCUUCCCCGCAUCCCUUCCCAGUCCCAGUCCCUGUCCCGGGCCCCGCUACGUCUUCUCAAAGAAGAUCUGCGCACUGGGGUUAUUCCCUAAAUCAGCCACGAGGUGACUCAGAGCAGCCUCUAGUCAGGCCAGCCCAUGAGCACGUCUGAAUCGUCAAUCAGAGCCACCUGGACAGGCCCCAGAGUUUCCUAAAAUCGGUUCUUCCAGGCGGGACACCAGGGGCAGUGGGAAUUAGCCGGGAAAGCAAAGGGGGUUCUUGUGGGCACUUGGGAAGGGACCCUGGGCGUGAAGAGGCUGUGUGCGCGUGAAAAGGAGUCCCAGAAGGGGGCCAGUCUGCACACCUGCGGGGUCUUUCCCCGAGCUCACGAGGCGCGCGGGGAAUGUACACGAGGGGAAGGUCCUAGCACAGCGCCGGGGCGGAACCUCCAGGCACGCAGAGUUCCAGCCCAGAACGCCGCGGCCGGCGGGGUUCCAGCCCAAAGUUGGCAGUCGGCGCGAGUGGGCACAGGGGGCCAAGCCUGUGUAUGCGUCUGUUACUGGGGAGGGGGAGGUGCCCUAGCCCAACGCAAACGUGUGUAUACAAGAUAGGGUCCCAGCAGAACAGACAGGACCAUGGGGUAUGUCCAGGGGUGAGGUGUCCUAAGCAGAGAUUACUUGAGCUCCCCCUACCCCAAACGCUUAGGGAGCCUUCAAGCCUGCGUCCACCCCCUCUCCCACCCUCUUCCUCCGGAGGUCCGUCUGCUCCUUUCAGCGGUGGCUUGUACACAUUUUCCUAUUUCCUUCAAGCCUCCGCCCAGCAGCAGCAGGGUGACUCAGGACCCUGGUGGCCGGGCCCCUAGCUCCAUGGGAUCUUUGUUUGCUCAGGCCUUUGGCUCUGGCUCUCUCGCCUAGGGCGGUCAAAGGAUUUCCUGAGCCUCGCCCCUGCCCUCCCCAGCUAGGCCCAGCGGGCCUAGGGCAGACCUGGGGUGGGGACCCUGAGACUGGGGUGCCUACCCCUUCUACGGUGCUCAGGAGAUGGAGAGGCGAAAGGUAAGGUGGAGGGUAUAGGGGGCCCUGCAAGAGUUGGGGUGGGCAUCAGCAGUUACUCUGCGCUGAGGUCAGCUUUGGCACCAGUCAGUUUGAAAUGGCCUCUGGGAAGGAGGUUUUCCUCUUCCUUGCUCCAGCCUGGAGUGAGGUAGUGAGGGCUUCCUCCUUUCCCCAGGAACCGAUCUGGGAGUGGGCCCUCUAUAAAAAUGGCAUGGGGGGUGGGCACCUGACCGCCUCUCAGUUCAGGAGGGGGAGAGAAAAUCACGAUCACAUCAGCCCAAAGCUGAAUCCAAUGAGGUGGAGGUCAGACGUACCUCCUCUCUUCAACCUUUUUACUAAAUCUAAAACCAGCCAUCUCUCCCUCGGUACUCUCUGCUUCUCUGUUGGGUUUGAUAAUUCCUUGCAAUGGCCAUACAACUCACAGACCAUACUCACAGUUAAGGAGUUUAUUAGGGAAGUUCAAAAAAUAAAUAAAUAAUAUAAACCCACUGCUGUUGAGUCAAUUCUGACUCAGAGUGGCCCCACAGGACAGAAUAGAACUGCGCCAUAGGGUUUCUAAGGCCAUAAAACUUUACAGAAGCAGACUGCCACAUCUUUCUCCAGAGGAGCAGCAGGUAGGUUCGAACCAUUGACCUUUCAGGUAGCAGCUGAGCACUUUAACCACUGCACCACCAGGGCUCCUUAUUAGGGAAGUAACAGGUUACAAUUCAGGAUUAGGAACAACUCAGGACACAGUUCUUCCAUCAGGACAGCCUCUUCUCAGCUGUGCCCGCAGGCAGACCUCUCUCUGGCCCUUGGUCCCUCAGCCUCUCAGCCCAGCCUCUGUCUGCUUGGGCAAGUGUUACAAAGCUCUUUAGCUCUGCCAGUAAGUGCCCAGGGACCCCCCACUCCACAAGGAAGCCUCCUGCCUGAAGGCUCUCAGAUCUCUUGCUCAGUGGAUCCCUAGGUCAGCACACCCACUGUAACAGCCUUGCUCCUUGGGCCGGGAGACCCACUGCUCUGUCUCUUGUUGGUCUGCUCUCCUUUCCCUGUCAUCCCAACUCACUGUCUUAUGCCAUCUCCAGUGUUACGGCUUUCUCUCUCUGUCUCCUGGGUAUAGAAGGUUCUCAACACAGGGACCCCGAGUCUGAAGGAUGCACUCCACUUGAACCUUUUCUUCUUGGUGGUGGUGAAGUCUCCCCUGUCCACCUAUAGGAUGGCUCAUUUUAAGCCUAGCGGGAUGGCAAAAUUGACCAAUCCCCUUGUUAGGGUUCCAUAUACCUUAUUUGCAUGGUCCCACCCUCACAAGGGUGCCAUGCACCUUAUCUGCAUUAUUAACAAGCUAUCCAACCCCCUUGGUGGGCCACAAGUACCUCAUUUGCAUAGUCCCACCCUAUCAUUUGGCGGGAGUUAAAAGGCCAUGUAAAAGUGAUCCAUUGUACUGUACUCUUUGCCACCUGUGGUAUUGGAGCAUCAGGGGAACAAGCCCUGACCUCUCAUUCAGGCCUCUGAUUGCCUUCUCCAAGUAGCUCGGCACAACCCUUCUCAGCAGUGAACCUCUUUUUUCAUCUACCCUGGCUCCCAAAUAUAGAGAAAGCAUCCUGAUUAAGGGUAGCUGACAGGGAGAGGCUGUGGCCCAAGAGAUGGUGACAUCUUCUCUGGGUUGUGACCUUAUAGAUUACUUAACCUUUCUGUGUCUCAGUUUCCUCAUCUGUAAAAUGGGGAUAAUGGCACCCACCUCAUGGGGUUAGUAUGAUGAUUAAGGAGUUAGCAUAUGUAAAGCUCUAGAACAGAACCUGGCACCAAGCAAGCACCAUUUCGAAGUGUCAGCUAUUUUUUUCCCUCUCUUUUCUUUUUCUGAAUGGCAGAGGGCAGCAGAGUGAGCUGGAUAAGUGGCCUUUCAGGUACCAUCUCACAUAGGUGCACUGAACUCUAAGGUCAGAGAAGUUUCUCAAACCUGUAUCUGUUGGUCCUGGGUACUGCCCACUCCUCUCUCUCCCUCCGGCAGAUGGUAGGGGCUGCAUGGUGUGACUUCUCUGCCUUUCUGCAGCCUGGGGCAGGCCAGCGGCCCCCAGAGGAUGAGAAAGAGCUGAUCCGCCGGGCCAUCCAGAAGGAGUUGAAGAUCAAGGAGGGUGUAGAGAACCUGCGGCGUGUGGUCACAGACCGCCGCCACCUGGGCCACGUGCAGCAGCUGCUGCGGUCCUGCAACCGCCGCCUGGAGCAGCUGCAUGGGGAGCUUCGGGAACUGCACGCCCGCAUCCUGUUGCCCAGCCUGGGGCCUGGCCCAUCUGAACCUGUGGCUUUGGGACCCCAACUGCGGGCAGAGCAACCAAGGGCUCGGCACCUGGAGGCUCUAAGGAGGCAGCUGCAGGUGGAGCUGAAAGUAAAGCAGGGGGCUGAGAAUAUGACCCACACAUGUGCCAGUGGCACCCCUAAGGAAAGGAAGCUCCUGGCAGCUGUCCAGCAGAUGCUAAGGGACAGCCAGCUGAAGGUGGCCUUACUACGGAUGAAAAUCAGCAGCCUGGAGGCCAGUGAGUCCCCUGAGCCAGGUCCCGAGUUGCUGGUGGAGGAGCUGAGGCACCGACUGCGGAUUGAAGUUGCCGUGGCUGAAGGUGCUAAGAACGUGGUGAAAUUACUCGGCAGCCGGCGAACACAGGACCGCAAGGCGCUUGUUGAGGCUCAGGCCCAGCUCCAGGAGUCCUCCCAGAAACUGGACCUCCUGAGGCUGGCCUUGGAGCAAUUGCUGGAGGGACUGCCCCCUGCCCACCCGCUGCGUGGCAGUGUGGCCCGGGAGCUACAGACUGCUGUGCCUGGGAACCCUCAGCCUUCAGGGACACUUGUGAAGCCCACCACUCUGACAGGGACGUUGCAGGUCCACCUCCUGGGCUGUGAGCACCUCCUGACAGCUGUGCCUGGACGUUCUCCAGCAGCUGCCCUGGCUGGGAGCCCCUCCGAGGGCUGGCUUUGGGCCAGGGCCAAGCAGCAUCGUGGUGUUGGAGAGCUGGCUAGCGAGGUGCUGGCUGUUCUGAAGGUGGACAACCGUGUUGUGGGCCAGACAGGCUGGGGGCCAGUGGCCAAGCAGUCCUGGGACCAGACCUUUGUCAUCCCCCUGGAGCGUGCCCGUGAGCUGGAGAUUGGGGUGCAUUGGCGAGACUGGCGGCAGCUGUGUGGUGUGGCCUUCCUGAGGCUUGAAGACUUCCUGGACAAUGCCUGUCACCAGCUCUCUCUCAGCCUGGUACCUCAAGGGCUGCUCUUUGCCCAGGUGACCUUCUGUGACCCCAUCAUUGAGAGGAGGCCUCGGCUGCAGAGGCAGAAACGCAUUUUCUCUAAACGCAGAGGCCAGGACUUCCUGAGGGCUUCCCAGAUGAACCUCAGCAUGGUGGCCUGGGGGCGCUUGGUCAUGAACCUGCUGCCCCCUUGCAGCUCUCCAAGCACCAUCAGCCCCCCUAGAGGCUGCCCCCAGACCCCGACCACAACCCGGGGGGCUGCCAACCCUGCCUCCCCCAGUAAUUUCCUGCCCAAGAAAUCCCCCUUGGAAGAAGAGACAAAGCCCCCACCCAAGCCCCCGCGCCUCUACCUGUCCCCGGAGCCCACCCCCGAGGAGACUCCGCGCACCAAGCGCCCCCACAUGGAGCCCAGGAUGGGAUUCAGGUUGCCUCCACCAGCCUCACCCACCAGGAAACCCCCCCGGCUUCAGGACUUCCGCUGCUUGGCUGUGCUGGGCCGAGGGCACUUUGGGAAGGUCCUCCUGGUCCAAUUCAAGGGGACGGGAAAAUACUACGCCAUCAAAGCGCUGAAGAAACAGGAGGUGCUUGGCCGGGAUGAGAUAGAGAGCCUGUACUGUGAGAAGCGGAUCCUGGAGGCUGUGGGCUGCACUGGGCACCCCUUCCUGCUCUCCCUCCUCGCCUGUUUCCAGACCCCCAGCCACACCUGCUUUGUGACUGAGUUUGCGCCCGGAGGAGACCUUAUGAUGCAGAUCCACGAAGACGUCUUCCCUGAGCCCCAGGCCCGGUUCUACCUGGCCUGUGUGGUCCUGGGGCUGCAGUUCUUACACGAGAAAAAGAUCAUUUACAGGGACCUAAAGUUGGAUAACCUCCUGCUGGAUGCCCAGGGGUUCCUGAAAAUUGCAGACUUUGGGCUAUGCAAGGAAGGGAUUGGCUUUGGGGACCGGACAAGCACCUUCUGUGGCACCCCGGAGUUUCUGGCCCCCGAGGUGCUGACUCAGGAGGCCUACACGCGGGCUGUGGACUGGUGGGGCCUGGGUGUGCUACUCUAUGAGAUGUUGGUGGGUGAGGUGAGUGCUGGGCUGAGGCUGCGGGGGCCUCCAGGUUGGGGAGGGAUGGGGUGCCCCUGCACCCUGCUGAGCUCACAUCUCCAUCCACAGUGCCCGUUCCCAGGGGACACUGAGGAGGAGGUGUUUGACUGCAUUGUCAACGAGGAUGCCCCAUACCCCCGUUUCCUGUCUGUGCAAGCGCUUGAGCUCAUUCAGAAGCUCCUCCAGAAGUGCCCAGAGCAGCGCCUGGGAGCAGGUGAGCGGGAUGCCGAGGAGAUCAAGAUACAGGCUUUCUUCAGGGCCACUGACUGGCAGGCAAUGCUCACCCGCACCGUCCAGCCCCCCUUCGUGCCCACCCUCUGUGGCCCUGCAGACCUCCGCUACUUUGAGGGCGAGUUCACGGGGUUGCCGCCUGCCCUGACCCCACCUGACCCCCGAAGCCCACUCACCGCCCGCCAACAGGCUGCCUUCCAGGACUUCGACUUUGUGUCAGAGCGAUUCCUGGAGCCGUGAGGGCCACCCCCCAGCAUCUCUGUCCCCAGACUGUUAGAGCCACCGGCACCUACCCGUGUGCUCGCCUGUGAGUCCUGUUCUGGAGGCCCAGGCCUUGCUUGGUAUUUAUGAGCUUGUGGGGCAUGGGGUGGCAGCAUGGGCUGCUCUGUCAUGGGGCCUGCUCAGUGCCACUGGGCCAACUGCGCCCCCCUUCCCCUCCUUGCCUCCCAACGAGAUGGACCAGAAGGGUGCCACAGGAGUG